GUGUGUGUGUGUGUGUGUGUGUUUGUGUGUGUGACUUCGCCGCCUCAUAGGGAUGCGUGAAGAAAUGCGGCGUGAAAAAAAAACAAACUUUUUGUUUUUUUUGUUUCGGGAUUAAAAUCUGAACUUUGAUGAUCUUCACCGGAUCCAACAGCUCCACAGAAACCAAACCUCAGAGACAAAUUCAGAGAUUUAUUCUCCUCUUUUAUCGGAGGAACGAACUGUUUGUCCGACUGGAAAUGAGGCUUCAGUGAGGGGGCAGGGAGCCGAGCGGAGCCGAACCGAGCCGAUCGGAGCCGGAGAGUGUGAAUGAGGGUUGUGUGGAUUUUCUGUCGGGAACAAUGUCAGCAUGAAGCUGAUUCUGUGGAUUUCGGUAUUUUUCUUUCGGAGUUUGGUGGGGAGUUGUGAUAGCGGUGAGUGUCCUCUCAUUGGUAAACCUGCGGCCCAGUCUUCGGUGUUUCAGGUGGACAAACUUCUCUGCAAAAAAAUCCAAAUAAAAGUUUUUAGUCAGCCUGAAACCCGAAUAAACUCCCGGCGGGUUAAAACCGUCAGACUGAGGAGAAAAUCAUGUGAAAAACGGAGUUAAACAGGGUUGACAGGAGCAGACUGAACCUCAGUCAGUAUUCUCACACAGUUAGUAUUCACUUCAUUGAACUGCUGCAUUGUAAAGGUCACUUUAAUCAUCAAUGCUGCUUUAAUCUGGACAGUAUUCUGGUAAACCCUGUGUGUUUUAACUGUGCUACAGUUAAAAGUUGAGUUUAGUUAAAAACAUUUAAGAUCUUUUUUCUGCCUUGAGUCGAAUUCUUAACCAAACUGAAUUAAAAGUGAAGAUUCUAUCAAAAUAACCUCAGUGUUGCAGAAAAGGUCGAACAGACUCCAGUUUGUUGUUUCUGCUGGUUUCUGAAGGGGGUUUGGUGCAGAGAGUCUCAGCUCAGCGGCCAAAGUGCAGAGCUGAAGGUCUGAUCCUGGCAGGUAUGCAGCUCAGGUCCACCUGCUGUUAGAAAAACACAAAUACACAAACUUUAUCUUUAAUAAAAAGUUCAACAAAGUUUCUAAAACUUUAACUGAAUUCAGUUUAAAAUCAUUAAAUAACAGAAUCAAAGUUUAUCAAACAGUCAAACUGAUCAGCUGAUGAAAAAUCUGCUGAUUUACCUCAAACCUCCCAGAGACAUUUACACGUAUCCUGCUGAUAUAACCACUACUACUAAGACUACUAAUACUACUACGACUACUAAAACUACUACUACUAAUACUACUACAGCUGAUACAACCACUACUACUACGACUAAUACUGCUACUAAGACUACUAAUACUACUACAACUACUAAAACUACUACUACUAAUACUACUACUGCUAAUACAACCACUACUACUAAGACUAAUACUACUACUACAACUACUAAAACUACUACUACUAAUACUACUACAGCUGAUACAACCACUACUACUAAGACUAAUACUACUACUACAACUACUAAAACUACUACUACUAAUACUACUACUGCUAAUACAACCACUACUACUAAGACUAAUACUACUACUACAACUACUAAAACUACUACUACUAAUACUACUACAGCUGAUACAACCACUACUACUACGACUAAUUCUACUAAUACUGCUACGACGACUUAUACUACUACUACUAAUUCUACUAAUACUAAUACUUCCAAUACUACCAAUACUACUAAUACUACUACUGCUAAAACUACUAAUACUACUAAUACUACCACUUCUACGAGGAUGACUAAUACAACUACUACUAAUUCUACUAAUACUAAUACUAAUACUACCAAUACUACUACUGCUAAUACUUAAACUUAUACUGAAAAUUAAACAAAUAACAAAAAUAAUAAUAAAUGUAAUCAUGAUUAUAAUAAUAGUUAAAAUUUUAAUACAUAUUUUUUAAUGUUAUAAUUAUUAUAUUGGUGUUGUUGUUAAUGUUACUAUUGUUUGUAUUGUCAUGAUUGUAAUUAUUGUUAUUAUUAUUAUUGUAAUUAUUGUUAUGAUUAUUAUUAUUAUUAUUUAAAUCAUUAUAGUUUGUUUAAAUCCCGCCUCUCUCUCUCUCUCAGGUUCUUUUAAAAAGUUUAAAAAACAGCGGUCCAGAGGCAUUGUGGGAAAUGUUGUUUUUAGGGAUGGCUGCCUGCCUGCUCCCAGCAUGCUUUGCUCACUGAGCAUGGUCUCUGUUUGAGGAAAUUGAUUAGAGGCUAAUAGAUGAUCUCUUCCUGUCAAUAAAUGAUGAACGACUAAAAUCAGUUUUUAAUCACAAACUCGGUCACGGAGUCGUCAAUCACUUCCUACUUAACUAAUCAAUAAUGAGUUAAUCAUAAAAUAUUCAAGGUUAAUUUCAAUCAGAUUACCUAUUAAUUAAGCAUUGAUCAGUGAUCAGGUUAUUAAUGAGCUCCUUCAUUCCUUUAUCAAUUCACCGUUUAAUGUAAAAACAGUCGUUAAUAUUUGAGCUGAUCAGUUUCUAGAAUUCUGAUCAGAUCAAUAAUAAGUUCAUCUUCUGAUCCACAGGGUUAUUAUUGACCGUCACCAAAACCUCAUUAUUUAAUAACUUUUAUUGAUCGAGUUAAUCUUCGGCUCACCAUCGGAGUCUUUGUUUCCUGUUUGACCAGAUUUCAGUCCUCUUAGCCCCUCCCCCUUAACUCUCUGGUUGGCUCCUCCCCCUCCUUUGCAGGCGUGGUUUUUACAAAGCAUCCCUCCAAUCAGACGGUUUCUCAGGGGAACGCGGCGCGGCUCGGCUGUGCCGUUCUCGGCGUUUCCGAACCGGAGAUCAUCUGGAUGAAGGACGGCGAGAAACUUUACAGCACCGACCAGAUGUUCCUGACGCUCGGAGAGACGCACUGGGAGACGUUCUACAGGUGACGGCAACUCAGCAAUUUAGAGAGACAGCAACUGAGAGAGGAGGCAAUUUAGAGAGACAGCAACUCAGCAAUUUAGAGACAGCAACUGAGAGAGGAGGCAAUUUAGAGAGACAGCAACUCAGCAAUUUAGAGAGACAGCAAUAUCGUAACAAGACAACUUACGAAGACGGCAACUCAGUAAUUCAGCAGUGAAUCAACUCAACACAGAAACUCAAUUUUCCUUCACAAUAAAAGCCCUGUGAACUCCCUUAUUGCCCCUUGUUCCUUUCUGUUGAGUACUUUUAUUUUGAAGGGUUCAGGUUGGAGGUCUUCCUGUUUCUGACCCUGAAUUUAGGAGUGAAACCAGUUUGUCGGCUGCAGGUGUAAACACGUCUGUUUGUGUCGAGUUCACCUCCGCUGAUCCCGAAAACUCCCUCAGGGGACCACAAGGAUCAGGUCUAAGAGAGACCCAAGACCAGACCCAAACUGACCCAGGACCAGACCCAAAACUGAUCCAGGACCAGACCUAAAACUGAUCCAGGACCAGACCCAAAACUGACCCCGGACCAGACCUAAAAAACUGGUCCAGGAUUAGAUCGGUCCAACAGAAGGGGGCGCUGAGUGGACUCACAUGAGUUCUGAAGUGUCCUGUUCUUUGAAAAUGUUCUGAUUCAUGGACCCGGGUCCCGGGUCUCCCUGAGACUCUCUUUAAUAGAACCGAACUUAGUCCUCCUUAAGUGGACCAGAACCAAAGGAACUCGGUUCUUUCUGUGUUCACAUUGUGAGUCUCCAAGAGGACCAGGUUCUCUGGUUCAGUUCUGACGGGUCCUCUGGAGUCGAGGUUCGGACCUUCGGUUAUUACGACGUUUCUCUUAAAAAUCUUGACGGACUUUUUCGUCUCGGUUGAUCGUAGAAAGUUCGGCUUUUAUUCUCAUCGCUCCAAAAGACGUUCAGUUUCGUCUUUUCCCGAACUUCGUUCAGGUAUCGCAGCAGAAUCCUGAGAGCCGAACUUCUGAAUAAUCCGAACUGCAGUCAUGUGACCGAACUACGGCAAGUGAAGACGGUCAGUGCAGCGUAAAAAGGCAAAGUGACUCGAGUCCGGUUCGUAUUUAGGCAGAUUAGGCGAACCACCAUGUUCUGGUCUCAGGAUGGUUCUGGUCUCAGGAUGGUUCUGGUCUCAGGAUGGUUCUGGUCUUGGGAUGGUUCUGGUUCGGUUCCAGUUUCCACACAUGGACAAAAAACUGCUGAGUCAUCGAUCUGGGUCCGUUUAGAGCUGAAGGGGGUCCAGUGUUAGAACCCGCUCAGUUCCUGGGUCUAGUCCAGUCCAGGGAUUCAGGUCUCAUGUGUUCCUCUUUACAGUGUGAAGUCGGUCCAGCAGCAGGAUGCGGGUCAGUACUGGUGCGAGGUGGACUUCCAUGGUCUGACCUUCUCCUCUGAACCCGCCUGGAUCACCGUUGAAGGUGAGGACCCCGAACGCCCCGUCUCCUUAGUUGUCUCCUUUCCUCAGUCGUUUCCUUUCUUAUGUUGUUUCCUUUCCUAUGUUGUUUCCUUUCCUAAGUUGUCUCCUUUCCUAAGUUGUCUCCUUUCCUCAGUCAUUUCCUUUCCUAUGUUGUUUCCUUUCCUAUGUUGUUUCCUUUCCUAAGUUGUCUCCUUUCCUAAGUUGUCUCCUUUCCUCCGUCGUUUCCUUUCCUAUGUUGUUUCCUUUCCUUAGUUGUCUCUUUUUCCUCAGUUGUCUCCUUUCCUCAGUAGUCUCCUUUCCUCAGUAGUCCAUAUCUUACAUGGUGUCCUCUCUGCAGCAGUUUUCCCAUCAUGCUUUGCCCCUGAGCGGCCUCCCUGUCUUCCAGGUGUCCCUCACUUCGUGGUCGAGCCUCAGGACGUGGCGACUCUUCCUAACGCGCCCUUUAACCUCACCUGUGCGGCGGUCGGCCCACCUGAACCCGUGGAGGUGUUGUGGUGGUUGGGGGGAAUCCAGGAGGGAGAUCCCAGACCGUCUCCUUCUGUCCUCCAGGUGCAAGGUGAGAAAUUCACCUGCUGAGAGGUGCAUUAUGGGAACUGUAGUGCUGGACUGAAAUAUUGUGUAAAAAAAAAAGAACAAAAAACAUUUAAAGAUAAAAAAAUAUGUAAUUAAUUUUAUUUUACCUGUGUCUCACCUGUCUCUGUCUCACCUGUCUGUGUCUCACCUGUCUCACCUGUCUGUGUCUCACCUGUCUCACCUGUCUGUGUCUCACCUGUCUCACCUGUCUGUGUCUCACCUGUCUGUGUCUCACCUGUCUCACCUGUCUCUGUCUCACCUGUCUCACCUGUCUGUGUCUCACCUGUCUCACCUGUGUCUCACCUGUCUGUGUCUCACCUGUCUCACCUGUCUGUGUCUCACCUGUCUGUGUCUCACCUGUCUGUGUCUCACCUGUCUCACCUGUGUCUCACCUGUCCUCCGUCUCAGGUGUGAACAGCAGUGUAAAGUUUUAUUGUGAAGCGAAGAACACCAGAGGGAUCUCUGUGUCUCGAACAGGAAGUGUUCACAUCAAAGGUAAACGACAAAAAUCUCACACACACACACACACACACACACACACACACACACACACACACACACACACACACACACACACACACCUGCUGUGAUGUUGUGAGUUGUUAUUGGUGUGAAAGUGAAGGGGGCGGGGCUUAGGUCAUGUGUGUUUGUAUCCCAGUGUUGCCGGCGGCACCCGUGGAGCUUCAGGUUAUCAGGAUGAACAACAACAACGUCACGUUGUCAUGGAAACCUGGUUUUUCAGGACAUGCUGAGAUUUCCACCUGUAUCAUCCAGGUAACACGCACACACACACACACUCACACACACACACACACACACACACUCACACACAAACACACACACACACACUCACACACACACACACACUUGCAUAACAUAAAUUAAAUUAACAGUUCAUUAAACCUCUCCUUCCUUCCUCCUUCCUUCCUCCUUCCCUCCUCCUUCUCUCCUCCUUCCCUCCUCCUUCCCUCCUCCUUCCUUCCUCCUUCCCUCCUCCUUCUCUCCUCCUUCCCUCCUCCCCCCCCCAGCUGUCCCGGCGGGCGGCUCGUCGGUUGGACCUCCCCCAGCAGGAGGUGCAGGUUCCUCCUCACCUGAGCGUCCUGUGGGGUCUGAGGAGUCACAGUAACUACAGCGUCAGAGUCUCCUGUGUUAACGAGGUGGGGGCGUCGCCCUUCUCCCAUUGGCUCCACCUGCAGACACCUGAGUCAGGUGACCUGAUGCUUCAGUUAACAGUCAGCUGAUUGGGGGCGUUUCCCCUGUCAGCUGUACUCUGAUUGGUUGAUUGAUACAUGGAGAACUGAACUGAUCGGAUCAAUACGAUCAAUGAAAACUUUUCUGCGGGGGGAGGGGCGGAGAGAGUGUGUGUGUGUCUGUGUGUGUGUUUGUGUGUGUGUUUGUGUGUGUGUGUGUUUGUGUGUUUGUGUCUGUGUGUCUGUGUGUGUGUGUGUUUGUGUGUGUGUCUGUUUGUGUGUGUGUUUGUGUGUGUGUGUGUGUGUGUCUGUGUGUGUGUGUGUGUGUUUGUGUUUGUGUGUUUGUGUGUGUGUUUGUGUUUGUGUGUCUGUGUGUCUGUGUGUGUGUGUGUUUGUGUGUGUGUCUGUUUGUGUGUGUGUUUGUGUGUGUGUCUGUUUGUGUGUGUGUUUGUGUGUGUGUCUGUUUGUGUGUGUGUUUGUGUGUGUGUCUGUUUGUGUGUGUGUUUGUGUGUGUGUCUGUUUGUGUGUUUGUGUGUGUGUGUGUGUGUCUGUUUGUGUGUGUGUGUGUGUCUGUGUGUGUGUGUUUGUGUGUGUGUGUGUCUCCGUCCUCGUUGUACAAUCAGCUUUUGUUCGUCUCUUAAUCUGACGUCUCUCUCACACUCUCUCUCUCUCUCUGUCUCUGCGGCGCCCCCUGCGGGCGGCACAUUGAACUCUGACCUCAGAUUACAUCAUCAUCAGCUCCACUAAGAGUUUAAAGAUUAUUGAUUAUUGAUUAUUAUUGUUGUUAUAGGUAUCAAUAUUAUAAUAAAUUUUAAUGAAGUAACAAAAAUAAUCACUUUUAUUAAAAUGAUUGUUUUACUGAUAAUGUUUGUGAAAAUGUUAAUUAUUAUAAUAUUAAUGAUAAUUAACAUGAAAAAAUAAAAACACUGUUUUAUUUCUUAAACAACAAAAAAAAAUUGAAAAUCAAGAAUAAUAAACAAUAACAGUGACACACACACACACACAAACACACAAACACACACACACAAACACACACAGGUGUGUAUCUGUCUGCCACAUUCUGCUCUCUGAUUGGUCGAGCUAACAGCUGAUGAUCUUCUGUAGUUCCCAUGACGGCUCCCAGGAACCUAACCUUCUCGCUGUCAGAGGCGGAGCUUAGUCUGAGUUGGGCGGAGCUAACAGAGGAGGAGCUUCAGGGGAGGCUGCUGGCGUACAAGAUGCAAUGGACUCUGGGAGGAGAACCACAAGUGAGUGUUCGUCCUUAUGAGCCAAUCAGGUGAUCUGUUGAUGGUCACCUGAUCCUCAGACUCCUCCCCUCUGACUCCAUUUGGACUUCCUGUCUUUGAUUGUUUUUUCUACUGACUCCUCCCCAAAAUCUCCGGACUCCCCAAACUCCCCAUUAGUCUUUAAAUAUUCUUCUCUGACUCCUCCUCUCUUUGACUCCUCCUCUCUGACUUCUCCUCUCUCUGACUCCUCCUCUCUUUGACUCCUCUCUCUCUGACUUCUCCUCCCUCUGACUCCUCCUCUCUUUGACUCCUCUCUCUGACUUCUCCUCUCUCUAACUCCUCCUCUCUCUGACACCUCCUCUCUGACUUCUCCUCUCUCUGACUCCUCCUCUCUUUGACUCCUCCUCUCUCUGACUUGUCCUCUCUCUGACUCCUCCUCUCUGACUCCUCCUCUCUCUGACACCUCCUCUCUGACUUCUCCUCUCUCUGACUCCUCCUCUCUUUGACUCCUCCUCUCUCUGACUUGUCCUCUCUCUGACUCCUCUCUCUCUGACUCCUCCUCUCUCUGACUCCUCCUCUCUUUGACUCCUCUCUCUCUGACUUCUCCUCCCUCUGACUCCUCCUCUCUAUGACUCCUCUCUCUGACUUGUCCUCUCUCUAACUCCUCCUCUCUCUGACACCUCCUCUCUGACUUCUCCUCUCUCUGACUCCUCCUCUCUUUGACUCCUCUCUCUCUGACUUCUCCUCCCUCUGACUCCUCCUCUCUUUGACUCCUCUCUCUGACUUCUCCUCUCUCUAACUCCUCCUCUCUCUGACACCUCCUCUCUGACUUCUCCUCUCUCUGACUCCUCCUCUCUUUGACUCCUCCUCUCUCUGACUUGUCCUCUCUCUGACUCCUCCUCUCUGACUCCUCCUCUCUCUGACACCUCCUCUCUGACUUCUCCUCUCUCUGACUCCUCCUCUCUUUGACUCCUCCUCUCUCUGACUUGUCCUCUCUCUGACUCCUCUCUCUCUGACUCCUCCUCUCUCUGACUCCUCCUCUCUGACUCCUCCUCUCUCUGACUUCUCUCUCUCUGACUCCUCCUCUCUUUGACUCCUCUCUCUCUGACUCCUCUUCUCUCUGAGUCCUCCUCUCUUUGACUCCUCCUCUCUCUGACUCCUCCUCUCUUUGACUCCUCCUCUCUUUGACUUCUCUCUCUCUGACUCCUCUCUCUCUGACUCCUCCUCUGAUUCCUCUCUCUCUGACUCCUCCUCUCUCUGACUUCUCUCUCUCUGACUCCUCCUCUCUUUGACUCCUCCUCUCUUUGACUCCUCCUCUCUCUGACUCCUCCUCUCUUUGACUCCUCCUCUCUUUGACUUCUCUCUCUCUGACUCCUCUCUCUCUGACUCCUCCUCUCUUUGACUUCUCUCUCUCUGACUCCUCUCUCUCUGACUCCUCCUCUCUUUGACUCCUCCUCUCUUUGACUCCUCUCUCUCUGACUCCUCCUCCUCCUGCAGGAGCCUUUACUGUUUAAGGAGAACUGGGCCCAGUUGGCAGGAGGAGGUCGUUUCUUUAACUCCUCCCUCCAGGUGUCGGCCUGCACCUCCGUUGGCUGUGGACCGUGGAGUCGUCCGAUUCUGGUUCUUCCUGUUUCAGGUGAGACGACCUUCUUGGUUAAGGGCGGGGUCAAGUUUUAGGGUGGAGUCAUGUUAAAGGGGUGGAGUCUGUUUAAGGGCGGGGUCAUGGUUUAGGGGCGGGGUUUUGAUUAAGGGGUGGAGUCAUGUUUGUCAUCCUCGCAGUCUGAUUGGUUCUUGUUGGUCCCUCAGUCCAGGUCCCGGUCCAGAGGAGCCACAUGUGGGUGGGUCUCCUGCUGGGCCUCCUGGUGGCGUCCGUGGUCGGCCUCCUGCUGACCAUCUUCGCUCAGCGCCGUGAAAAAGAGACUCAAUUUGGGUAAGAGGCACCGGGUCAGAACCGCUCCAAAGAACUUCGAACUCCUGAGGAUCAAAAAAAAAAAAGGAUCAAAGUUUGAAAAAAAAUUUUUGUUUUUUUUAAAUCGUCGAAAAAAAAAACUUUAAAAUCAGCAAAAAAAAAAGACGCUAAAAGAACUCAAACCUGUGUGUGUGUGUGUGUGUGUGUGUAUUUGUGUGUGUGUGUGUGUGUUACUGUGUGUGUGUGUUACUGUGUGUGUGUGUUACUGUGUGUGUGUGUGUGUGUGUGUGUUAUUGUGUGUGUGUGUGUGUGUGUGUUACUGUGUGUGUGUGUGUGUGUGUGUGUGUGUUACUGUGUGUGUAUUUGUGUGUGUGUGUGUGUGUGUGUGUUACUGUGUGUGUAUUUGUGUGUGUGUGUGUGUGUGUGUGUUACUGUGUGUGUAUUUGUGUGUGUCUGUGUGUGUGUGUGUGUGUGUGUGUGUCUGUGUGUGUGUGUAUGUAUGUGUGUGUGUGUAUAUGUGUGUGUGUAUGUGUGUGUGUGUGUGUGUGUAGCUCUGUCUUUAAGCCUCCAGGUCCGGAGAGUUCGGUGUCGUUCACAGCGGCUCGCUCCUUCAACAGAACCUGUUCAGAACCUCAGGAGUCGACACGUGAGUCUCUGCAGCUUUAAGAAAUAAAAUAUUUUUAUUAUUUAAAUAUUUUCAGUUUUUUUGUUUUUUUUGUUUGUUUGUUUUUCAUAAUAAAACUUUGAGAUUAAAACUGAAAUCUGAUGUUUUAAACUUUGAAACUUCAUGUUGAAGUAAAAAAAUUCAGUUUUCGAGUUUUUUAAAUCGGAACUGAAACUCGAGUUCGUAAAGUUGAUCAUCUCGGAAUCUUGGCCUUGAUUCCAGAACCGUCGGCGUGAUUAAGUGUCUGACACCGCCCACUUUCCCAAGCCCCUCCCAGUUAUUCCAGCACGUCCCCCUGGAUCAGAGCCCGGUCCUGUUUACCUGGUUCUGUCCAAGUCGGCCCACCUCCAAUCCUUCUUUGUUGAGCCUGACCGUCCACCUGUUCAGGUGAUAAGUACCUGAAAGCCAAGCUGAGCUGUGAUUGGCUGAGAGCCGGUCACUGUUCUGACGAUGUUUGAGGUGUAAAGCUGCAGCUCAGCACUUUGACGGAGAGCGAUCUUUAACCGCCUGUUUACACCAAACACAGCUGCCUUUAUUGAUAGACCCUGCCCACCUGUAUUUACCUGCCGACUCUCAGCCAAUCAGAGCAGCCGUCUUCAUGAACAACAAACCACUGACUGACCGGUCGUAUGAAGAGUGAGCUUUAAAAAAACAGGUGUAAGAAUUAAAACCCGAUCUCCUCAGUCAGAGAGAGCAGACACUGAAGGAGAACGGCAUUCUGGGAAAUGUAGUCUCUAAAAAAGUGAAGAACCAAUGAUGUCGCUGUUUGUCUGUUUUUUAUUCAAAAAUCUGUUUCUACAAUUUCAGUGUGUGUGUGUGUGUGUGUGUGUGUGUGUGUGUGUGUGUGUGUGUGUGUGUGUGUGUCUCCCUCCAGUGGACAGUCUUGGUAUUAAUGACGACUUAAAAAACAAGCUGCAGGAUGUUCUGAUCCCAGAGAGGCUCCUGACGCUGGGACACAUGCUGGGAAAAGGUAACACACACACAGGCACACAUACAAGCACACAUACACACACACACACAGGCACACACACACACACAGACACACACACAGACGCUGAGCGGCAGAGUCUGGGCGGAGCUCAAUGACUGACAGGAAGAAAUGAAACACGAUUAAACUGACAGUCAGAAACAGUCAGAAACAGUCAGUAAGAGUCAGAAACAGUCAGAAACAGUCAGUAAGAGUCAGAAACAGUCAGUAAGAGUCAGAAACAGUCAGUAAGAGUCAGUAAGAGUCAGUAAGAGUCACCUCAGACAAACUGGACCGUCAGAGACGUUUAGAACUACAGAGGAAGUUCUUCAAAAUCCCGUCAGACCCGGUAAAGUCUGGUGUCAGCAGAGGAACCAGAUCCAACAAAACCAGAACCUGUUCGGGUCACCGACAUGACACAGCUGAUCACACACAUUAAACAGGUGUGUGUGUGUGUGUGUGUGUGUGUGUGUGUGUGUGUGUGUACCUGUCUAGGUGAGUUCGGGUCAGUGCGUGAGGCUUUCCUAAAGACGGAGGACUCAUCUGUCCAGAAGGUGGCGGUCAAAGUGCUGAAAUGUAAGUGUGGCAUUUUUUUUGGUGUGUGUGUGUGUGUGUGUGUGUGUGUGUGUGUGUGUUGUAACAGGAAGUGCAGUGUGAUGUCUUCAUAAAGGAGAACUGUGAUUGGUUAAAACAGCUUUAGGCCUUUAGUAUCUAGACUGACACACAAAUGUGAGUUCGACAUGUUUUUAUGAAUUCAUAUUUAAAUAUUUUAACGACACGUUUUGUUCUGAUUUAAAAUCGACACAAACUUCCUCUAAACCAGGAGGUCAAGAGGCGAAACAGACCGAGACGUCAAAUAAUUUUCAAGACCAAAAACAAUAAAACUGAUCAAACUGGAUCAAACCGGAUAAAACCGGACCAAACUGUCGCUCACAAACAUUUAACUGUAGAGUAAAAGUGAUGACUCAGCUCAAGUGUGUGUGUGUGUGUGUGUGUGUGUGUGUGUGUGUGUGUGUGUGUGUGUUUGUGUGUGUGUGUGUGUGUGUGUGUGUGUGUGUGUGUGUGUGUGUGUGUGUGUGCAGCUGACGUCACGUCAUCAGGGGACAUCGAACAGUGUCUGAAGGAAGCCGCCUACAUGAAGGAUUUCCACCACCCCAACGUCAUCCAGCUGAUCGGUAAAAACACUCGACCUAUACUAGCAGGGGUCAAAGGUUAAAUGCUGUUUGACUGACAGCUCUUCCUGUCCAAUAGGAGUGAGUCUUCAUCGGCGCCCCGGCCAGCGGCUGCCGAUCCCCAUGGUCAUCCUCCCGUUUAUGAAACACGGUGACCUGCACACGUUCCUGCUGCUGUCACGACUCGGAGAAAACCCGUUUGUACGAAAAAAAACACCGAAAAAAAAAGAAAAUUUAAUAAAAAGAUGAAAGUUAAAAAAUAUCACAAUCACACAGACACACCCCUCAGUCCAACCAUGUCCUCUUGUCUUCCAGGAUCUGUCCCUCCAGACUCUCCUCAGGUUCAUGUUGGACAUCGCUCGAGGGAUGGAAUAUCUGAGCAGCAGGAACAUCAUCCACCGAGACCUGGCAGCAAGAAACUGCAUGUAAGUCAGUCAACAAACUACAGGGAGACAAACUACAGAGAGACAAACUACAGGGGGACAAACUACAGAGAGACAAACUACAGAGGGACAAACUACAGAGAGACAAACUACAGGGGGACAAACUACAGAGAGACAAACUACAGGGGGACAAACUACAGAGAGACAAACUACAGGGGGACAAACUACAGGGAGACAAACUACAGAGAGACAAACUACAGGGGGACAAACUACAGAGAGACAAACUACAGAGGGACAAACUACAGAGAGACAAACUACAGGGGGACAAACUACAGAGAGACAAACUACAGGGGGACAAACUACAGAGAGACAGACUACAGAGAGACAAACUACAGAGAGACAAACUACAGGGGGACAAACUACAGAGAGACAAACUACAGGGGGACAAACUACAGGGGGACAAACUACAGAGAGACAAACUACAGGGGGACAAACUACAGAGAGACAAACUACAGGGGGACAAACUACAGGGGGACAAACUACAGAGAGACAAACUUCAGGGGGACAAACUACAGGGAGACAAACUACAGAGUGACAAACUACAGAGAGACAAACUACAGAGGGACAAACUACACAGAGACAAAUUAAACAAUGACAAACUACAGAGAGACAAACUACAGGGGGACAAACUACAGAGAGACAAACUUCAGGGGGACAAACUACAGGGAGACAAACUACAGAGUGACAAACUACAGAGAGACAAACUACAGGGAGACAAACUGCAGAGUGACAAACUACAGGGGGACAAACUACAGGGGGACAAACUACAGGGGGACAAACUACAGAGAGACAAACUUCAGGGGGACAAACUACAGGGAGACAAACUACAGAGUGACAAACUACAGAGAGACAAACUACAGGGGGACAAACUACAGAGAGACAAACUACAGAGUGACAAACUACAGGGGGACAAACUACAGAGAGACAAACUACAGGGGGACAAACUACAGAGAGACAAACUACAGGGGGACAAACUACAGGGAGACAAACUACAGAGUGACAAACUACAGGGGGACAAACUACAGGGAGACAAACUACAGAGGGACAAACUACAGGGGGACAAACUACAGAUUUUUGCUGUGAGGAUUUGUUUUGGAGUUUUUGUCGUUUCCAAACAUGAAACUUGAUCAAACAGCAGAGAGUCGAACCCUCAACACUGAAAACAGACGUCGUGUUUAAACGGCGUUGGUGACCCGUCUCACUUCGGGGUGAUUUUGUGUUGGUUUAGACUUUUGCUCUGUUCAUCUUCAUCAUCGUCUUCCUCACACACCUGACAGGAAGUUCAAACACGACGAAUUCAGGUGUGUGUGUGUGUGUGUGUGUGUGUGUGUGUGUGUUUUCAGGCUGGAUGAGAACAUGAGUGUGUGUGUGGCAGACUUCGGCCUCUCUAAGAAGAUCUACAGCGGAGAUUAUUACCGACAAGGAUCGGUGUCCAAACUUCCUGUGAAGUGGAUCGCCCUGGAGAGUCUGUCAGACAACGUGUACACAACUCAGAGCGACGUGGUACACACACAACAUACACACACACACACGCAAUACACACACACACGCAAUACACACUGAUCUGCAAAUUAAUAAAUAUAUAGAUUAUGUUCAUGUGUCUAUUUGUGUGUGUGUUUGUGUGUAUUGCAUGUGUGUGUGUGUCAGUGGGCGUUUGGUGUGACCAUGUGGGAGGUCAUGACCCGAGGUCAGACUCCGUAUCCCGGUGUGGAAAACUCGGAGAUUUACGAGUUUCUGAUCAAAGGCGAGAGACUGAAGAAACCUGCGCAGUGCAGAGACGAUAUGUGAGCAGAUACACACACACACACACACACACGAUUUAACACACACUAAGUCAUGGACUGGUUGAUCUGUGGGGGGGCUCCUGUGAGGCAAAACUCAGGGCUGCAAAACAAUCAUCGUUACCUGAAUCAGAGACACAGAUGGAGUUUUUUAUCCCCUCAGUUUUGUCUCACAGGCGGCUCCGUCAGGUUCUCAGGUUAAAGGGGAGGUUCCUGAUGUUUCCUUUAAUUUCCUGUUUCUUCUUCUUCUUCUCCUUCCUCUUCCUCUUCUUCUUCUUCUUCCUCUUCUUCUUCCUCUUCUUCUUCUUUGUUGGUGUCUUUCCCAGUUAUGAAAUCAUGCACGGCUGCUGGAGUCCAGUUCCUAAAUGCCGGCCAAGUUUCAAACACCUAGUUGACCAGCUGGAGGCGCUGUGGCUCAGCAUCUGCCCCGCCCCCGUGUCAAAGGAGCCACUGCUCUAUGUGAACCUGGAGGGAGAGGAGGGGGAGCUGGGAGGAGUCAGGGGGGAGGAGGAGAAGGUGACGGCGGCCGGAGUUUCCAGCUGGGGCGUGGCCUGGCAGCAUAGGGAGGGGCAGGAGGAGGAGGAGGAGUGGUUGAUGCUGGGAUCAGGGGCCGCACUCGCCAUAGGAGGCGACUACAGGUACAUCAUCGGCCCCGCCUGUGGCCCCCCUGAGGGGGAGCAGGGGGAGGAGCUGAGAGGUGGGAGGAGGAGAGAGUCUUUGGAUGCUCUACCUGAGGAGGUGAAAGACGAGGAGGAAGACGUGGUCAUCAACGUCUGAGCCCCGCCCCCAAACCCCACUACCAUCUGAUUGGACCAUAGCUCUUCAGUAAGCCAAUCAGAGGGGCGCAGCGGGGGGGGGGGUGGGGGGGGGAAUUCAACAAAACUGUCAGGUCACUGAAAACACACACACUGUAACACACACACACACUAACACACACUGUAACACACACUGUAACACACACACUUUAACACACUAACACACACUGUACUGGAUGAUCCUGAGAAAGCACAACAUACAGAGUAUCUGACAGUAUCUGACGGUACACAGAGAACACAGAGAACACGUGUACUCAGAGUAAACUGAAGUUUUAAUGUCGUUUCUGUGGUUAUACACUCUGACAUGUUAGCUUAGGACAAAUACUGGAGACCAUUACUGUGUAGAGUACCGGGUCUGGGUCUGGGUCUGGGUUCUGGUCUCUGGAAACUUUCAUCAGAGAGACUCCUGGUACAGAAACAGUUUUGUUAGCAGAGCAGUUUUACCUGAACAGGUAGAAAAUACUCUGACAGAUACAAUAUUGAGGUUCUGGUCCUUUGAUGGGUCGGAGGUUCUGGUCCUUUGAUGGGUCGGCGGUUCUGGUCCUUUGGUGGGUCGGAGGUUCUGGGACCACAGGGACGUUUUUCUGACUGAUGAUAUUUGAACCCGGAGCUGCUGAAGUUUUUCUCACCUGUAAUAAAAUGUUGAAGAUUUAAAUUAAAACCGUUUUACACGAG